AUGCCAAAAAGACGUCAAGACACCUGGUGAGUUUCUUUCUCUGAAAGGUUCGUUCCAUGCUGGGAAUGCUACCACUGGAAAGGCCCUUUCCCCAGUGGACCACCCAUCGCACCUCACCUGACAAGGAGCACUCAGAGAAGGGCCUUAGGUGAAGACCUUAAAGCCUGGGUUGGCGCAGCUCCAGACAGGCAAAGUGCUGGGCCUUAUACGAGGGAGAAAGAAUUUUGCAUGGAGAUUUGUAUCUUGUCACUGGAAACAUUUAAUUUCUCAUGCUGCAUUACUUUUUGUCUACCUUAUUGCUGCUUUGGGGCAAAACCAUUUAGAAAUACAGCUCAGCGUGCCUUAUGGAACUAGGGGGUGAGGAAAACCUGGUUCCUUUGGUCCAUUAGCAAACUCUUAAGAGAUAUUACGCAAAAAAUCAAUACUGUCAAUGCUGAAUAAAAAUUAUUAAUUCUUUAGAGAGGGCUUUUUUUCUGAGCAAGUCUUAAUACAUAAUUCAGUUUGAACAGCCAAUUGCUCCUAAUAUUCCCAAUGUGGCGUACAGGGGUUCCACAAAGGCUUCCUGUUUCUGCUGAUUUUUUUUCCUAAUUAAGGGUUUGGUCAUUUGUUGCUGCUGCUGUUUGCCUUCCGGGGAUCCUCCUUUUUUAUUAUUGGUUUUAUUUGUUUGGGGGGGCUUCCCAGUUUUUCUGUUAAUUUUCUGUUUUUAUGGUACCCAAAACAGUGCCUUAGGUUUCCAAAUGUACCCGCAGGUCCCAAAAGGCUAGGGAUCUUAAAUUAAGUUAACUGACUCUUCUAGUGCUUCUCUACCUUUUCCCACAAAGUAGAAAAUCCAAAGGAGCUAUUUGUGUAGUCCGUUUUCCUUUGGAGGAGCAAGAACUGGAGAUUUAUGGGAGAUGCUUAUAGCUUCAUUUGUUUGCUUUAAAAAAUGUGCAGGUUGAAAAGAAACGGUAGGGAUAUGCAGAGCAAGCAGAGACAGUGCUAGCCCAAAGGCAGAAUCCGAAUCACAGAUUGAUUCAUGAACUGCGGCCACUCCAUAGAAAUUAAUAAUAACGAGCCCACAUUCACACGGUGCAGUAUGCAACUAAUUACCUGAGAAACGGCUGCCUUGGAUGGCACCAACGAUUCUUCCAUUAGCAUUUCACACGGCUGGGAUGGAAGAAAUCAACAAAGGGAGUAGACAAGGAAAAUUUUUCAAAGCAGAAAACAACCUGGCCGGGGCACUAGCCAGAAGGACAAAGGCUGUGGGGAGGUCACACCUUUCCACCCAGUGCCAGAUUUAAAGGUAAAGGGACCCCUGACCAUUAGGUCCAGUCGUGACUGACUCUGGGGUUGCGGCGCUCAUCCCGCUUUAUUGGCCGAGGGAGCCAGCGUACAGCUUCCGGGUCAUGUGGCCAGCAUGACUCAGUCACUUCUGGUGAAGCAGAGCAGCACACGGAAACGCUGUUUACCUUCCCGCCAGAGCGGUACCUAUUUAUCUACUUGCACUGGCGUGCUUUCGAACUGCUAGGUUGGCAGGAGCAGGAACCGAGCAAUGGGAGCUCACCCCGUCGUGGGGAUUCGAACCGCCGACCUUCUGAUCGGCAAGUCCUAGGUUCUGUGGUUUAAUCCAGAGCACCACCCGUGUCAGAUUUACGUAUAAGCUAAACAAGCUAUAGCUUAGGGCCCCAGUCUCUUGGGGGCCCCCGAAAAAUUCAAAGGAAAAAACAACUGGGUGUACAUUUCCAAAAUAUAAGAUAAAAAACAAAUAAAAUAAAACCUACAUACAGCAACAGUGUUUUGUGUUGUGUAGGCUCCUAUGUUGUAAGUCCGGCAUGGCCAAACUUGGCCCUCCAGAUGUUUUGGGACUACAACUCCCAUCAUCCUAGCUAACAGGACCAGUGGUCAAGUAUGAUGGGAAUUGUAGUCUCAAAACAUCUGGAGGGUCGAGUUUGGCCAUGUCUGGUGUAAGUAAUGGGCCCCACCUGCUAGCCUGCUUCCUAAAAUAUCACUAUCGCUAUUAAUAUACUUCUUCUUAACUGUAUUUCACUAUUAAUAUACUUCUUCAUAAUUGUAUUUCAGUUCAACAAUUACUUUGAUAAAAUACAUACUUUGUUAUGUGCCAAUGGCUUUAGAUACUUAUUAGGUCCAUAAAGUACCAUAUAGCAUAUAUUCAACACAAAAAAGCGACAAUUUGUUGUUGACAAAGGACAGCUGGACAUAUAAAGGGCCCCAUUACCUUCAGUAGCUUAGGGCCUCAUCAAACCUAAAUCUGGCCCUGCUCCCACCCCCUGCACACAGCCUUUGACUGCUUUUUUAAAGUCUGUUUUGAUGCCAUGUGAAUGACACUUUGUCCUGCAAGACAACACUUGAUGCUUGGUACAGUGGUACCUCGGGUUACAUACGCUUCAGGUUACAUUCACUUCAGGUUACAGACUCCGCUAACCCAGAAAUAGUGCUUGAGGUUAAGAACUUUGCUUCAGGAUGAGAACAGAAAUCGUGCUCCAGAGGCACAGCGGCAGCGGGAGGCCCCAUUAGCUAAAGUGGUGCUUCAGGUUAAGAACAGUUUCAGGUUAAGAACGGACCUCCGGAACGAAUUAAGUACUUAACCCAAGGUACCACUGUAAUUGUUUUUGAAGAAAUUCAAUAAAGUUUGCAAUAAUAAUUUGAAAAGUUUUUUUAAGAAUGUUAAAAAGUUUGACCUGAGAUGCAUGUCCACGUAUCCUUCUUUCUUGAUCCUACCUUCUCUCUCUCUCUCCCUCUCCUCCUUCUUCUCUCUCUCCCCCUCUCCCUGUCUCUCUCUCUUUCCUCUUCUUUCUCAGGAUCACUACCACGGCUGCCUGCAUGAUGGAUUUACGCAGGUACCCUCUGGAUGAACAAAACUGCACGCUGGAAAUUGAAAGCUGUAAGUUGUCUCCCCAUUUUCUACUGCUUAUAUAAAAGAACAAACUUGUUUUGUACUUUUGUACAAUGUGUGGCAAGGAAUCUUACAAUGUAUACUGCCAUCUACACCUAAAUUGCUACCAUAUUUCUGAGCCCAAAUAAAUUUGCUUAUAUCUCUUGCCUAAUUUGCAAUAUUGUCUAAAGUAUAAAGUAUAGUUUGACUAUUAAUGUUUUAAAACAUUUUUGAAACAUUACGCUGCCUCUUUACCGUAUCUUUAAAAUAGGAAUAUAACAAGCUGGUCACAUAUACAGUAUGGUGGUGCAUCUAGAUUAAUUACGGCACUGAAUAGUUUAAAUCAGUUAAAUAUACCAUGUGGGAUGCGGGUGGCGCUGUGGGUUAAACCACAGAGCCUAGGACUUGCCAGUCAGAAGGUUGGCGGUUCUAAUCCCCGUGAUGGGGUGAGCUCCCAUUGCUCGGUCCCUUCUCCUGCCAACCUAGCAGUUUGAAAGCACGUCAAAGUGCAAGUAGAUAAAUAGGCGAGAAGAUAAACGGCGUUUCCAUGCGCUGCUCUGGUUUGCCAGAAGCGGCUUAGUCAUGCUGGCCACAUAACCCGGAAGCUGUACGCCGGCUCCCUUGGCCAAUAAAGCGAGAUGAGCACUGCAACCCCAGAGUCGGCCAUGACUGGACCUAAUGGUCAGGGGUCCCUUUACCUUUACCUUUACCUAUAGAUAGUACUGAGCUACACAGUCCAAUUGCCUGACUCUGUCCAAGGCAACUUCCUCUGUUGCAGUGAGAAUUCCUACUCCAGACUCAGUGUAUCUAAUGCGCCACAGCUGCGAAUAUAGCUUUGCUUCCUGGUUGGUUGGUAUCUUGCACCUGUGUGUAUUAGUUCAUUGGCUGUAAUACCAUUAGAUUACUAUGAAAAGCAGAUAAAAACACUGCCCACCAUCCUUAUACAGAGCCCCACCAGGGUCUCAAUAAACCUCUUACACUAGUUGGACUAGGAAACUUGGGUUUGAAUCUCCGCUCUGCCAUGAAGCACAGUGUGACUUUGUUAGUUGCAGUGUCUUAGCUGAAUCUACUCCACAGCAUUGAUGAGAUGAUAUGUGCAUUUGUGCAUUUGUGUGUGUGCUUUGUGCACCACCCUGAGCUCUGAAGGAAGAUAGAAUAAAAAUGCAAAUUGUACAAAUAAUACCUACUUAGGACUUCAAGAACAGGGUUGGGUGUGUUGUCCUGGGCUACAUGAGGCUCAGUGGGUCACAAAUUGUGCAUUCCUGCAUAAGCAAUUUUCUGGCUUUCUUUUUGCCCUGACUGGUAUCUCUUCUGUUUACAACACUUUUAGCAUCCUUGUCAUCCUUCGCAGUGUUAUCCACCAUCGUCAAUUACUAUCAAAUAUAGAACAGCAGUCGCUGAAUACUAAUUGCCAAAUGUAAAACACUAAAUAUCAAAUUGUGAGCAUUCAGCGGGUGUCGCCAUAGAAUUGGCUUCCACGUUAAAUAAGAGAUCGUGGGAGGAAUAGAAAAUGUCUCAUUAAGGCAUUUAUGUUUCUGGAAAAGCCCGUCGCUGUGUUUUCCUUCUUUCUGCGGAAAUAGAUGCAGUCUUAAAUGUACAUAAUGGCUGAACAAAGACAGGGGUCAAUUUGAAGAGGCAUUGGUAUGCAUCAAUAGAAAAAUAUUCCAGCCGCGUGCUCAGUGGUUCGUUGCCAGGAAGCCAGGGGGGAGACACUCCAAUAGCUGCAUUCUUAUUUGAACCGUCAUUGCCACUUACAUUGGCAAAAAGCAUUUUGACCGAUUUGUGCAGAAUCAUUAUCACUCCCUUCCUGAGACAAUAUACUCCACUGUUAAGGUGGCUGCAUAUAAAAUACCUUGGGUUGAAAGGGUUUCACAGGAAGCAUGAAAACACAUAGCAUAUCAUUGGGGAAGGCCAAUUCUGCUGGAAGCUAAAGAUCCCAACUGUUUAUCUGGGCCUUUGGGAAAGAGUGGAUGUGGCUGAUAACCUACCUUAUCUUUCACUCCCACUACACUGGCUAUCGCUAAUGUGGUAUUCUAGAACCCAUAUAGUCCAAGAGCACUGAUAAAAAAAAGGUAAAGGUAACCCCUGGACGGUUAAGUCCAGUUAAAGGCGGCUAUGGGGUUGCGGUGCUUAUCUUGCUUCAGCGCUUGUCCACAGAUGGCUUUCCGGGUCAUGUGGCCAGCAGGACUAAACUGCUUCUGGUGCAAUGGAACACCGUGAUGGAAGCCAGAACGCAUGGAAACGCUGUUUACCUUCCCACCACAGCGGUACCUAUUUAUCUACUCGCACUGGCGUGCUUUGCAACUGCUAGGUUGGCAGGAGCUGGGACAGAGCAACAGGAGCUCACUCCAUUGUGGGAUGUGGGUGGCACUGUGGUCUAAACCACUGAGCCUCUUGGGCUUGCUGAUCGGAAGGUUGGUGGUUCGAAUCCCCACCAGCACUGAUAUCUAGUUAUGGGGAACUUGGAAACAACAACAGCCAUAUAGCUCAGGAAUAAUACGAACCGGUCUACAUAACUAAGCUUUCCUCCUCCUUCUUCCUCUUCUUCUUCUUUUUGGAAAAAGGCUUAAGGAUAAACAGAUGUUAUUUGUCUAUUUAUUACAUAAAUAUCCUACUUUUCUUUCAAGGAGCUCAAGGUGGCCCACAAGAUUCUCCCUCCUCUCAAAUUUUCCUUUCAACUCUGUGAGGGAGGAUAGGCCAAGGAGCAGCUUCAUGCCUGAGUGGAGAUUUGAAUUUAGGACUGUGACAAUCCCUCACCUGACAGAAUAUCGCAGCCAUCUCAGGAAAACAAGUGCUUAAGGCAGCUCAUCAAAAACCUUGUCAUGAGCUUAGAAACUAUGAAUUUAUGAAUUGUAACUAACUUCUGAAUGUCUCUCAAUGCACUUUAGUGCUGCUCAGUGACCUGUAAAUUCAACGAAAGCCUAAUGCAGUCAGAUAAGGAUUGUCAAGCGAUGUAUUAAUGAACUUAGAGAAGAAGCCAGGGGGGCGUAUGGACUGGUCUGGGAGAGGGGGGACAGGUGACAGUUUUGACUGUUUAUGGACCAGGAGAACUUGACGCCAGGUACUGGUGACUUCAAGACUGGAUUAUUGCAAUGCUCUCUAUUUGCGGGUUCCCUUGUGCUUGAACUGGAAUGCUGCAGCGUGGUUGCUGGCAGGAAUGAGACCUACUCAAAGAUCGGCACUGAUUGCCGAUUUGUAACUGGUCCAAGUUCAAGCUGUUAAUAAUGGUAUUAGAAGCCCUCAGCUGCUUGGGACUAAGUUUCUUGUAGGAUGUGCCCACUAGACUGCUUUGGUUUGUGAGCUGACACUCUUGCAAGUGCAAUAUGAAUCAGUUGUCAAACUUCCUGUUAGAAAAUAUUUAAGAGCCUUUGAAAGAAUGCGUCAUUAAAUUUCAACUCAAGUCCUGUGCAAGGUUACACGCUGAACCUCUAGUUGCUUUGAUGUUCAUUCAUUCUCAGGGUACGACAGCCACACUCCUAAACUCCAAAGGCUGAAUGGCCUACAACGUUUUUGCAGCCGUACCUAAGAACCCAGGUCUUUCAUAAAGUUCUGGCAAACAAAGCAGAUGUGCAGGCAGACCCUAGCGUGUGAUGCUGUAAGAACCUUGGAACUUCCAGUCUGUUGUGUGAUAGCUCUUAGCAACUUUUUAUUCAGUCAGAUCACAAUUAAAUCUCUAUGAGCGGGCAGCUGAAAUUGUGAAUCUUGUCAUUUCACAUUUUUUUGUGUGUGGGGAGAAGAGGCAAGGACUGUUUGAUGGUAAUGCAUUCAUCCUCACACUGUUGGCCUUUGGCACAGUUUAUGCAUUUACUGGUUUUCUGCCAAUGUGUGAACAGCUGCCUGAAGCACAGACUCUCUAAGCAAAGAAUUAAUUUAAAGGUUUUCUUUGUCUGUUGGUGAGCUUGCUGCAGCAUAUGAUAAAUUAUUCCAGUCCUCGCCGCAAUGGGAACUCCAUUUUCAUCCUCAACUCUUACUUAAUGAAUUCAACAUGUAUCCACAAUUAUAAACACUCUUUUAAAAAAUACAAGUGAUAUAGCAACCAGUUAACAACAUGUCUGAGUGAGGCAACACACUGUGUUUGCAGUAAGCUGUGUUUGUAGCAAUCCUUGCUUAAUGUUACAUGAAUGUGCCUGCUCACCCCUCCCCUCUGCUAUGGUAUGGUCACAAUGUGGUGAUCGAAAGCUUUCACUUCUACUUUUACUAACUGCUGUUUAGAAUUAUGUUCAAACCAAGACAAACUAUUGCUAUUCUAACCAAGUUUGGAUAGCUCCGGUUUACUGAAACUGAAGCUGUCUUGCUUCAGUAACAAAAUAGAAGAUAAACCACAGUCUAGGGUUCAGAAAUAACAUUAAAUGCAGUUUACUAAAAACAAAAAUUUGCGUCGUCUUCCGUGUGGAAGUGCUAGAGGGGAGGGGGGACGUGUGAAAUUCACUCUGUUUUAUUCGCAUAAUUCCAAACCAUAGUUUGGCAUUAUGAUUGAACAUUCAGAAGAUGUUCAUUCUCUUGUACAACACUUGUGCGAUGCUCACAUCUUAAUCAUGUUUUGUACUCCCCAGUUUCCUAAGCAGUGGGAAGUUCCAGGGACAACCUUAUAGGUUCAAUUUUUGAAAUGUUGGAGGGUAUGAAAUCCUGAUAGGUGAAUAGCUUGAUGGGCAGCUAAAAUAUUGCAUUCUACAAACAAACAAACAAACCCCGCCCCCCAAAAAAUUAUUGUGUUUGGAUUGGGUCUGUAACCAAGUCAAAGCCCUUUUCUAUAACCAGCCAUUUCCCAAUCCACCGGUACCUGAUUCAGUCUGGCUGCUAUUUACUUUCACUGCGGUUGCGCAAAGUGAGUUUAACAUGAAUCUUGCCUUCAGAUGCAAAGUUUGCAAAUGGUAGUGAUGCAACAUUCACAUGUGGGAUGAGUGAAAAAUAGGUGUGAAGCAUAAGCAAACCGUAAAUUGAAAACUGCAGGGAUUUUUUUUAUUUUUUAAGUCAGAUAGUUCUUGCACAAAGCAGCGAGGUAUAUUGCAAGUCAUGGCUGCCCCCUGCAGCUGGUCUCAGGGCUCAUUCAGAUCCUACUCUGCCAGAGGAAUGCUUAUUUUGCAGCAUGUUUCCUAACCAUUCCUUACUGCUUACCUGAGCCACGUGUUUCACUUUUCUACAGGGACUAAGAAAAGCCUUGCUUUAAUUCUGAGUAGAUAUGCAUAGGGUUUCACUGUUAAAUCUGUGAGAGGUGCAGCACAAUCCUAUGCAUGUUUACUCAGAAGUAAAGCCCAAUUGCAUUCAGUGAGGCUUACUUCCAAGAAAGUGUGCAUAGGAUUGUAGCCUUAUAGACAUAGUGCCCAUCAUUCCAGUGAUAACUUAUGAUUCAGGCCUAAAUCCCCAAGCCCAUAACAGUUCCUCUGUAAUAUUCUACAGGGCUAUCUGUUCUUUAUCAAUUAUAUUUCUUCCAUUUAUUAUUGUUAUUGUUUGUAUAUUUUAUACAGUUUGAGAUCUAUAAUUUUAUAAUUUGUUAUACAGUAAUUGUGAAAUUCCAUUUUAAAAAAUAUUGUUUAAGAAGAAUAAGAAACCCCAAGUCUGAACUUCUCCAAUAUCUUCAUGUUGCCUUUGAUAGAGAGCUGGAGAAACAUUUAAAUAAAUAGUUUUCAAGUUUGGAACGGAUGCUUUCUUUUAUCGAAAUGCAAUAAACAUUAUAUAAAGCACAGACAUAAUAUUUUGUUACUUUUGUUAAUCUUUCAAUUGUUUCUCAUGAAAAAUAAGUGGCUUGGUAUAAAAUCUGGUGAUGAAAGCUUAUUUAUAAUUUCUAACCAUCAGAAAUUUCCCAACAAGAAAUAAAAUAAAAAUGGCGGAAGUUCACAGUAAUGGUCAGUAAUGUUUGUUCUUAUUUUCAUUUUAUUGACAUUUUAUUGGCUUUGAGAUUUAAUUUUACUACUCAACUGAUUUAUAAAACAUUUGGUCAACCAACUAACAGGCUUGGGUAUAUCUUUCCUAUUGCAGAUGGAUACACAACAGAUGAUAUUGAGUUCUACUGGAAUGGAGGGGAAUCUGCUGUAAGUGGAGUUAAUAAAAUUGAGCUCCCUCAAUUCUCAAUUAUCGACUACAAGAUGAUCUCAAAAAGAGUAGAGUUUGCAACGGGUAAGCAGUGAGCAUCCCAAGACAUACUCUGGGAAUGGCAGUAGAAAAGAGACAUGCUGUGGUUUCACUUUUCCCUUUUUUAUUUUUUAAACAGGGGCAUACCCUCGGCUGUCACUGAGCUUUCGACUUAAAAGAAAUAUCGGCUACUUCAUUUUGCAAACCUACAUGCCUUCUACUCUGAUUACGAUUCUGUCGUGGGUAUCUUUCUGGAUCAACUAUGAUGCAUCUGCUGCACGAGUUGCACUAGGUAAUUUAUUAUUUGGACAACGAAGCUACUUAAAUAUCCUUGGUGUGUGAGAUUUAUUCUUUUCAUUUAUUAAUUCAUUUUAGCAUGUUAGAGGGCUCUAAGUGCUCCGUGUGUUGUGUUGUUUUGGUUUUCUUUCUUUCUUUCUUUUAAAAAAACCCAUAAUGACACAUAACAUCCUGGCAAUUUUAUAUUACUGGUCAUGUAUCUCUUUUUUUAAAGUAAAUUUCAAGUCCUUACAGUUGUGAAGAAAGUGGGUGAAAGUAUGGGGGAAAUGCAGUGUAUCCCAGAAACUGGAAAGGGUGGGGGGAGUAAAUAAGAUUUCCAGAGCCAUAAUAUAUGAGUCAUACCCUCCCAGUUCUAGACAUUGUGUUCUAUCUUCUAGUAAUUGCGCAAAACAAGCUUAGUUUGUAUAAUUUAUACAGUUGCAGACCAUCUCUCUGCCUGGAUCUCAUGAGAAAAUGAUGGUGACUCUGAAAAGGAGUCAUAAAAGAUAAUGUGCUAUGUUGGCAAUGCAUCUUUGGCUGACCAAAAACAAACAAACAAAAAGCUUCUCCAGUUACAAUAACAGAUAGCUGAUGGCAGUAUGGGAAACUACCUUAUAUUACCCUUAGCCAGGCUUCCUCAACCUCGGCCCUCCAGAUGUUUUUGGCCUACAACUCCCAUGAUCCCUAGCUAGCAGGACCAGUGGUCAGGGAUGAUGGGAACUGUAGUCUCAAAACAUCUGGAGGGCCGAGGUUGAGGAAGAAGAAGGAGAAGAGGAGGAGGAGUUUGGAUUUGAUAUCCCGCUUUAUCACUACCCUGAGGAGUCCCAAAGCAGCUAACAAUCUCCUUUCCCUUCCUUCCCCACAACAAACACUCUGUGAGGUGAGUGAGGCUGAGAGACUUCAGAGACGUGUGAUUAGGCCAAGGUCACCCAGCAGCUGCAUGUGGAGGAGUGGGGAAUCGAACCUGGUUCACCAGAUUACGAGUCCACCACUCUUAACCACUACACCACACCACACUGGCCUUAGCAAUGUUACUACUUCCAAAAGUCUGCACCCUGUGCUCCCUAUGAAAGUGCCUUCCAGCAUGGGAUGUAGCAACCAUGCUGCUACAGUGAUGUAGGAAUGCAGGGAUUGGGUGUCUAUGUAUAUGUAAAAUACAUUUGCAAUGUACAGGUGGGACCUGUUCGGGAUUCAGCCAGAUAGUCAGGCAGGAUUCAGGAUGCUCCAUUCCAUUCACCCCUCCCUAGUUUUGUCCCCCCUCUCAAUAGUUAGCAUUCUAUGCUUACCCUCAUUUAGCUGUUUCUGGUGAAUAGGGGAUAACUCCAAAUGAAGGAGUCUGGUUGUGUUGCUGCAGAUGCACCGCAUCGUUCCUCCUCUCUGCACUCCUCCCAGCGGUCAUUCCUCCUCUGGUCACUGCUAUGGAUACAUGACCUGACUGCCUGUCUCUAGGCACUGCGGUCGUCUUCAAGGGACUCCCACGCAGCAAGGUUGAUGUUGCCAGCCUGUUCAUGUCAUGUUUGCAUACAUCUUUGUAACGCAGAGUUGGUCUGCCAAUGGGAAACCAGCUCCCUGCAGAGCACAUCCUUAGGGACCCUGCCAUCUUCCAUUCUGUGGACACGACCAAGCCAGUGUAGAAUGAGUUUGCUAUUCGUAUAUAGGAUUUUAGCAGGUUUGUUGGUGGCAUCUUUCCACAUGAAGAGUUGCUUUGUGUACCGAGCUCUUUCCUUCCUUCUAGGGAUCACCACUGUGUUGACUAUGACCACCAUCAGCACUCAUCUCAGGGAGACACUGCCAAAGAUUCCCUAUGUGAAGGCAAUUGACAUCUACCUAAUGGGGUGCUUCGUGUUUGUGUUCCUUGCCUUGUUGGAAUACGCGUUUGUGAACUACACCUUCUUCGGCAAAGGCCCACAGCAUCAGAAGAAAGCAGCUGAGAAGGCCAGCAGUGACAAGAGGAAACUGGAGAUGAAUAAAGUUCAGGUAACUGAUUGCCUGAGUUUUCGUAUAUUUCCAUUUACGUAUAUCAGGGUGAGGUUAAGAAGCAGGAAGGAAGCAGCACCUCGGGAAACCCUUCCAGAGCUUUCCUCACUUGUGCCAUAUGACAGAAUUCCAUAUGGAAUAUUUGUAUGCAGCACGGGACAGGACAGUGAUGAAAAUGUUGACCUAGUACAGGGGUCAGCAAACUUUUUCAGCAGGGGGCCGGUCCACUGUCCCUCAGACCUGGGGGGGGGGCCGAACUAUAUUGGGGGGGUGUGAACAAAUUCCUCUGCCCCACAAACAACCCAGAGGUGCAUUUUAAAUAAAAGCAGACAUUCUACUUUAUGUAAAAACACACUGAUUCCCGGACCGUCCACAGACCGGAUUGCAUGGCAAGUCCCCCUCCCCCCUCAUGAAAUAAGGACACAGGACACAGUAUUUUAAGGUUAAUGGGCGUAAAAGGCUACAACUUUGUUGACUGCAGGAAUUGAGCGGUAUUGGCUUAGGCAUUGGUCCUAUCACUAACCAGCUUCAGCCUGAUUGCAUGAAGGCUGGUGAGGGUUAACCACCAGUAGGGGGAGUCCUGCUGAUGUACAUCAACCAGGAGCUCCCCCGGGGUCACCGCUCGGGGGUGUGCCUUAGGCCCACACCUCCAUAGGCUUUGGACAGGGCCACGCCCCCCGGAAUCCUUUACCAGACUACCCUUUGCUUUGGGGGAAGGUGAUGGCGCUUCCUCUCCCCCUCAUUUGAAUAACAAUACCCCUACCAAUGCCGAGAAAGUUGUGACGAUUUGCUAUGAGGUAGGCGAAAAACCAAAUGGCUGGUGCCAAUUUGCCAAGUGGAAAAAAUUCCUACCAGGCCCCUUGACGGCGACCAACCGAAGUCCAUAGCAAUGUCAGAGAGCUAAACCUAAGGGCGGGCAGGGUGGGAAACCGGAGCAGCUGGAACGUGGAAGAGAGGAAAAUCCUCGGGCGUGCCGGCCCUAAAUAGCCCAGGCCAUGCCUCCCCGGCCAGCCGAUUGGCUGAUUGGGGCGAUGACGCACCCGAGGAUUCCCUCAUUCUCGCCUGUAUGGGGAGGGCAUGGGCCUGCAACCCCACCUCCUCUCCAGCUCAGAAGUGGCUUUUAGAAGGCAAUUGAGCCGGAUCCAGGUCCCGGACCUUAGUUUGCCUACCCAUGACCUAGUAUGUGGCAGCUGCGAAAAAGGCAAAUUUCAUGCUAGGGAUCAUUAGGAAAGGAACUGAAAAUGAGACUGCUAAGGUCAUAAUGCCAUUAUAUAACUCUAUGGUGCAAGCAUAUUUGGAGAACUGUGUACAGUUCUGGUCACCUCAGCUCAAUAAGGAUUUUGCAGAGUUGGAAAAGGUUCAGGAGAGGACAGUCAAAAUGAUCCAGGGGAAGGCGUGACCUCCCAUAUGGAAAGGUUGCAGCCUUUGGGACUUCUUAGUUUGAUGAAAAGGGAAAUAAGAGGUGACAUGGUAGUUUAUAGAGGAACUGGAUGGAGACAUACCCCCUAAAAUAAUACUAGUAACAUAAAACAGUUGUGCAGGGAAAAUAAUAAUAAUAAUAAUAAUAAUAAUAAAUUUUAUUUAUAACCCGCCCUCCCCGGCCAGAGCUCGGCUCAGGGCAGCUAACACCAGUAAAAUUACAGUAAAAACAUAAUGGGGGGGGGAGCCAAUUUAAAAUACAGGUUAAAAUGCAAUUUAAAAUGCAGCCUAAUUUUAAAAGUAGCUCAUAGAUCAAAACCAUAAGGGGAGGAAAACAUAAGGGUCAGACUGAGUCCAAACCAAAGGCCAGGCAGAACAGCUCUGUCUUGCAGGCCCUGCGGAAAGAUGUCAAGUCCCGCAGGGCCCUAGUCUCUUGUGACAGAGCGUUCCGUAUGCAUGUGGACCAUACUGACAACCCCAGCUGCUAUCAUGCAGGAAAAGAAAAUGCAAAAACAAGUCAGGGCAGAGCAAAGGUGAAGGCAGACCACAACAGAGAAUAGCAGUGUUCCCUUCUUUCCCAACUGGAAGUCCAUAUCAGUCAGGCAGUAGCACAUGACCCAUUUGGCCUUUUUGCUGUUGAAAUGCUUCCUGGCCAUCUUAUAGGUGUAACCACAGGCUGAAUUCUCACCAGUUGCCAGGCCCGACAACUUUACUCUUUGGUGGAGAUACACUAAGGCAGUGGCGACUGGCACUCAUUUAGACCAGUAGGGCAAAAGGCAGAGAGACCAGUAGCCAAUGCAAGAUCGAGCCAUUGAAUUCUGGGUUGCUCCCCGCCAGCGUCCUCCCUGCUGAGUUCUACAAGGGCCAGUCUGAGUCUAAGGAGGUCGUAAAAAGGACCCCUGACCAUUUCACAGAAUCACAGAAUCAUAGAGUUGGAAGAGACCACAAGGGCCAUCGAGUCCAACCCCCUGCCAAGCAGGAAACACCAUCAGAGCUUUCCUGACAUAUGGUUGUCAAGCCUCUGCUUAAAGACCUCCAAAGAAGGAGACUCCACCACACUCCUUGGCAGCAAAUUCCACUGUCGAACAGCUCUUACUGUCAGGAAGUUCUUCCUAAUGUUUAGGUGGAAUCUUCUUUCUUGUAGUUUAGAUCCAUUGCUCCGUGUCCGCUUCUCUGGAGCAGCAGAAAACAACCUUUCUCCCUCCUCUAUGUGACAUCCUUUUAUAUAUUGGAACAUGGCUAUCAUAUCACCCCUUAACCUCCUCUUCUCCAGGCUAAACAUGCCCAGCUCCCUUAGCCGUUCCUCAUAAGGCAUCGUUUCCAGGCCUUUGACCAUUUUGGUUGCCCUCCAAAAUUUGGUCUAGUCGUGACCGACUCUGGGGUUGUGGCACUCAUCUCGCUUUAUUGGCCGAGGGAGCCGGCGUACAGCUUCCGGGUCAUGUGGCUAGCAUGACUAAGCCGCUUCUGGCGAACCAGAGCAGAGCACGGAAAUGCCGUUUACCUUCCCACCGGAGUGGUACCUAUUUAUCUACUUGCACUUGACGCGCUUUCGAACUGCUAGGUGGGCAGGAGCUGGGACUGAGCAACAGGAGCUCACCCCGUCACAGGGAUUCGAACCACCGAUCUUCUGAUCAGCAAGUCCUAGGCUCUGUGGUUUAACCUACAGCGCCACCCGCGUCCCAAGGAGGACGUAGUUAAGCGCUAAUGCCGCCACACUCUGUACUGGUUAUAAGUAAGAAGGCAGGCAGGUGGGGGGCUGGUUGAAUGCAGCAUGAGGUUGGUGGGUCAGUGUCCCAUCCCCCCUAAUGGACCAGCCUCCAAUCGGGCCAUUUUCUUUUAAGAGUAGAUUCUGAAAUGGACUGGAUUGGUGCCCUUUGAUCUCCCAGAUGGGGCCAUUUUGACAAUAUCAUCCUCUGCCUUAUUUUUAUUUAUUUUUUGCUAUUGCCAUUUCUAUUUAGAUUGGCCUUCCCCUUUUGUCUCCAUUCAUCUUUCUCCUUCACUCUACUUUUGUAGAAGUCUCUGAAAUAUGGGAUCUGAAAAGAGCUCUGUGGGUUGGAUGUCCCUACCCUUAACCUGCGCGGAAAUGUCACAUGCUGGAUAAUUGUGACGUUCUUUCCUUUUGCAAGUUAUUUAUCAACUGACCUAAGGUUGGAGAUAAUAGUUCUUCUAGGAAGAUGGGCAGUCAUUUGUGGGUAUGUGGGCAGUUGAAUAAUAAUUUCUCCCUGUUCUUUUGGUCACCAGGCCAUUUAGCCUUAGCUAGGCACAUAAUUUUCUAUCCAUAGCAAUUUUGUCCUGAACGUAGGACACCCUGUACGUGUUUCCUCACAAUGGAAAAGGACCACAUUAUCUACUGAAUCACUUUCCAUUGCCCAGUCUGUAACACUGGGCAAGCAGAGAAUUUGGGCAAAAAAAGGUGCUCCAGAGAAGAAAAAUAGAGAUUAUUAUCUCCUUCCGUUUGGGUGAAUGUGUUAAUUUGUUAUGAAUUGCAAAACUUAUAAUUCAGGGGAAAUGAAUAGCCUGAUGAUUUAUACAGAACAGGGGUCUCAAAGUGAUUUAGAAACUCAUUUUAAAAUGUAGCAGGUUCAUUCAUAACACUUUAAAUUAAAGCAGUAAUUCAUCCAACACUUGCCUUGUAAUAAGCAAUGAGUGCACAGUACUUUAAAUGAGGGGACUCACAUGAAUCAUCAAUAUAAACCAUUAGCAUUUGUCAGUUAUUAGUCUUUACAAUGGAGAAAAAACAACAGAGAUAUUAAUGAUAUUUGCGCUUCUAUUGCAGGUGACUAUAUAACAAAUCUGGGAAGGCCUUUAAUUUGCCAGUUGAAUUGUUCAGUAAUUAAAAGAUUAUAGAUGUGCAGUUCAUUCAGGCAAUAAUAACAACAGCCUACGGUAUUCUUGUUGUUCGUCCCCUGCAUCUUAUAUUCCAGAAUGUAGUGUCUCUGAAUAUGGAAGUUUAGCUAUCAUGGCUUAAUAGGCAUUGAUAAAUUCAAUCCAUGAAUUCGUAGAAUCUUUUUCUAAAGCUUGACACCAUCACUAAGACUUUUUCCUAUCAAAAAUAUCCCUUCCACCUUGAAUUAUCUGCCAUGAAGUUCCUGCAGAAGAUUCUGAGGAAAGUUAUAGGGCAGAGGUGGGGAACCUGUGGCUCUACAAAUGUUGUUGGAUUGCAGCUUCCAUCGUCCCUGACUAUUGGCUCUGGUGGCUGGGAGUGAUGAGAGUUAGACUUCAGCAGCAUCCAGCUGUUGGCAGGGCAGCAACGUUCACAUGAGCUCACAUCACUGGUGUCACUGUGGCUUACAGGGAAGGAAAGGGCUAAGAUGGCAGUGUGGUUGGCAUGGUACGAAUGCACUGGUGGAGCCAAUCCAGCAUACUCAGGCUUCACUACCACCUCACCCCUCUCCCUCCUACUAAGCCACAACGGCACUGGUGAUGGGAAUUUGGGCAAGUGCCACCACCCCACUGUGACGAUCACACAGGGUCCCCGGACGUUUCACCGUCUAUUGAUCCCUGUGCCACCACUUUAUUUCUCGCUGCCACCACCCAGGCCCUACCUGGUACAGUACUGGGUCCAGUCAGGGUUAAAUUGGAACAUAAACUUCUGUUUAUUUACUGCAGUUUAACAAGCAUGUGGUUUCAUAAAUGGUAUCGGUCAAUUACAAUCAUCGGUUGCCUAUCCAGACCUAUAACUUCCGCUACCUGCUCUCACUCAGUAAACCACCUCUCAGAUAUUUGCUUGUCUUCCUAGCCCCUAACUGUUCCUGACUCAGCUUAUUUCGCUACACUAACUCAACCUACCCACAGACUCUAUCCCAAUUCACUCCCACUCCAACCAGCCACCCAACUCCCAACGAACUCCUCCCUUCGCGCCUCCCAGAGCUGGUUUUAUAGUCCCUCUGACUCCACCCCCCUGGGUUCUGAUUGGGUAACCUGUUUAACUAUUUCACCUCCAGCAUUCUCAUAUGUUAGCGUCACACCCACCAGCAGGUUUCCCAUUCAGGCUUAUUGGGCAGCUGUGCUUGAACUGAGAAUGCACACCGAAUUCUGUGGCUGAACACGACUGGGAGAAGCGGGGGGGUCACCGUUACUGGGCCAGCCAUUCUUCAGGAUAGUUUGCCAUUGUUACCGAUAUUCUCUGCAAAUAUUCACCGAUUAGCUUCCAAGGAGUCCCAGAGACUCCCAAAUGCAGUCUGGAAAACCACUGCAGUAAUUACAGGUUGAGCUACUGGUCUGUGGUCAACAAUAAUGGCUGCUCGGCCCAGUACACCACUCUGCAUUUCAACCAGCACAACAUUUAUUUCACUGCACAUUCCUUCCUUCUUUAGACUGAAUCCUUAAAUGGAUACCUGGCAAGGGCUAUGAGGCUGCUGGGUGAUUCUAGGUCCUGUUUCUUCGAGGGAGAUAAUGACUGUGAACCUCACAGAGACUGUAAUUGCAACAGUAAACAGUUAAAUUAUACUGAGUCAUUAAGGAAGACACUACUGUAGGUUACAUGUGUAGCACAGGUGAAUAUUACUUACCACCUUCCUACCACUUCACUUACUUCUAGCAACUUCUGUUAAUUUUUAAAUUUUAAUGAGGGGGGAAAACCCAUAAGAAAUACAAGUAAAGAUUUCAUCAGCCAUUUGACCGCUUUGAAGCACUAGUACCUUCCUGAUGUUCUGUGAAGAUAGGCAGUGGGAACCAAAGAAUAAUCAGUAUUAUUACAGACAGAAAUGGCUGAAAAGGGGGGUGGGGACUGGAAAUGCUAAGAAAGGUUACAAAAUACAAGUGUUCUCGUUAACUAAAACAAUCUCCAGGUUCUUUCUCAGAUUCCUUUUUCUCAUUUCCUAAUCAAUGUUGGCAUUGGAAGGGGCAGUUUAAGGCUCCCCCUUCUCUACCCUCGUUGUCAUUUCCUGUCAUGCAUUUUGUUCGUUAUCAUCUCACUCAUUUGCCAAUGUGCCAAACAUAACCAGUGGUGUAGCGUGGGGGCCAAGGGGUGGUUGCCCCAGAUGCAAAAUUGUUAGGGGGUGCAAAAUUUCAAUACCCAGUGCUUCCGUUGCUGGGCUGCAUUGAAAAUGGCUUCUCCAUGCAAACCAGGAAGUGACAUCUCCAGACAACAGAAUUACUCUUCUUAUAUCUGCAGCUGUGAUCUCCUGGGUGACGUAGACAGCGUUAGGCAGUUGAAUGUGCAUGUAUACUUAGUUUCCCUCCCUCCUCAGGCACUGAGUGCAGCCUCAGGCACUGGCAAUCCACGCUACGCCACUGAGCACUACUAAGGGAUUAAGAGACCUUCUCUAAAGCCAUGCUUCUUCUUUAGAUUGACGCCCGUGGGAAUAUUCUUCUUACUACCCUGGAAAUGAGAAAUGAAGUCAGCAGUGCCAAUGUGCUGGCAACUUUGAAUGACCCGAGAGCUACCAUGUACUCCUACGACAGCGCCAGCAUCCAUUACAGGAGGCCUGCCACCACAAGGGACCUCUACAACAGGAGCACUUUGGACAGACAGACAACCCAUCAAAAGGGACGCCUACGGAGAAGAGCGUCGCAGCUCAAGGUCAAAAUCCCAGAUUUGACUGAUGUCAAUUCCAUAGACAAGUGGUCCAGGAUGGUUUUUCCUAUCACCUUUAUCCUUUUCAAUGUGGUCUACUGGCUUUAUUAUGUGCACUGAGUUAUGCUGUGAUCCCUCCACCUGCCUAGCCCAGACUCCUGUUCUCAAAUUUGCCAACCUUAAAGACUGUUGUAGCCGCAGUGCUACAUAUUCAAGGUACAAUAUUCAGCCAUUCUGUGGGUUAGGGUGCCCUUUUAACCAUAUCCCAAAAAUCAAACCAUGUUUACUUCAAAAAAGAAGACAGUAUCUAUUUGAACAUGCGCUCAUCCUUUUAGAUCUGCUUUCAAAGAGCGACACUGAAGACACAAGUGCUACCCCUCUGUUUUGUUCUAAGGUUAUUUCUGGUGAUCUUUCCUUUCUUUUUUCUUAGCAUUUAAAACAUGGCGUGAAAAUUCUGCCUUAUUUUCCAAAACACAUACAUUGGUCCUAACCGUAGGCUUGUUCACACAUUACACUGAACACAGGUACCAGCUCUCUCUACACAUGUACAAGUGUUUGUGUGAAAGAGUGUGCAGCUAAUUUGUUGAUUUGUACAUCUCAGCACAGGUAUACACUCAUGGAAUGUUACAUGUUUGCGUGUACAGCUCAACUAUUUGUGUACACAGAUUGUACACUCACGAAACAUAAUGUGUUCCUAGUACCUCCAUAUUAUUUGCCAAACAAAGCUCAAGUGUUAUUCAAGAAAAGGCAAAGCUACAGCUGCAUGCAACCCUAAUCACACUUAUCUAGGAGUCAGUCCCAUUGAACAAAGUGGUUUCCAAGUAGACAUGCACAGAAGUGCGCUGUACACAUGUCACCAUAAAUAGGUUCCCAGAUCAAGAACUGAUAUAUAUUUGAACGCCCAGAACACCCUUCUGACACUAUCAGAGCAGAUUUAGGGUUGUAUCACUUAAUCUGAUAAUUCGGAGAUCAAAAACAUGUCGAUGAACCGGCUAGCUUUUUCAAAUUGUUCAUAAACUCUAAUACAAAUGACUGCAAAAAAAAAAAAUCAUGGCUAGCAGGGGACAUCUUAGAAACAGACUUCUAUGAAGGCAGUGCCUCUUUCAAAACUGCAGGAAUGCCUGCUACAACAUAACCAUAGUUCUCUAAAAGCAAAGAAUGCUUUUCUUUCUUCAAAACUAUAGCUUCGUUUAUAUGCAGAUGUAUGUGGAUUUAAUCAAUAAUCGAUUUAAUCUCAUACAAUUAUUUUAAGGAAAUCUCUGUUUGAUUAGGUGACAAGUCUAGACAGAACACCUAAUGUGUGUCUUUGGGAUCUGGGCUCGAUGGCUGGUCUACAGCACAAAUGAAGCUGUACCAACAAUUACAUAAUAAGGGUUGCUGGAAGAAAAUAAGUGCCGAUUCAGAUUUUGCCUUUCCCGCUCUGUCAUGGUGUUAGUUUUGUGAGAACACACUGGAGUCUUUAUUAGCAAUUCCUGGCCCCUAUCAGAGGACGUUUUUCUCUCUUUUUAGGAGCUAAAGUAGAUGUGGCAUUCCAUCACAGGUCACCAAUGACUGGUGCCUGAAGACACACAUCAACUCACAGGCACCCAAAGGAUUCCCUGCUCCCCACCCCCAACUGAAAUUAGGCUUGAUAAAAGCAUUCUAACAUAGGCAAUAGAACAGGCUGUGGUGUGCGCUUGGCUGUAAUGUGUGUUUGCGGUUCCUGUAGCAGUUUCUCUGGUAUGCGGGUGUGCCCAUGCGCCCGAAAAGGUUGGUGACCCCUGAAUUACACAAUUGGCCACUGUCUGCUUGGGUUCCUUUUCCCCUUUACUUAAUAGGCAGCCAUGGCCUUGUGGGGAGAGGGGCAGCAAGGAGGAAGCUUGCAGUGCUGAUCUGGAUAGUCACCCCCAUCUCCAUGGCUGCUACUUAAUCCUAGGAGGGAAGCUGUCAUUGGUACCAGUAGGUGUUUCCCUCCUAGUGCAAAUGGAAGUCACAGGGUGCAAUCCAGUAAAGGGUUAAAUGCCCCCCUCCGCAACUCCAUGGUACCCCAGCCCCACCCCAGGAUGCAAGGAACCCGAGCUGGAAUACAAAUUCCAUCACCCUUUAUUUUUGGCCAUGCUGGAUGUUGGUGCAAAGAUAGAGAUAGAGAUGAUAGAGACAGAGAUAGAGAUAGAGAUAGACAUGAUAGAGAUGAUAGAGAUGGAGAUGAUAGAGAUAGAUUAAAGAAGAAUUCCUGGGUGUCAAGAUCCAAGAUUGGGGCAAGUAUUCUUUGGUGAGAGAACCCAAGCAGGGAUUUAUUAUCACAAAAUAUGCAGCAAAAUUAAAUGUGGAGAUAUAGGCUGUUAGACCUUUAAAAUAUGUGACCCUCCAAGUGAGUUCAUUAUUUAUUUGUUACAUUUAUAUAAUACCUUUAUCUUCCAAGAUCUCAAGGUGGUGUAUAUAAUUCUCCUCUCCCCGUUUCAUCCUCACAAUAACCCUGCGAAGUAGGUUAGGCUAAGAGAUGGUGACUGGCCCAAGGUCACCAGUGAGCUUCAUGGCUGAGUGGGGUUGCUGGCAUGGCAAGGUUCUAAAAUGUCCCCUUAAUAGAUCUCUUUUCAACAUGUCCCUCUUCCCCCAGGCAUAGGAAAAGGCCACAUACUUGGUACGUUUAAAAAUGGUUUGCUUACAAACUCUCCAAAGAUCAAAUUCACCUGCUUUAGAAAGUUGCACAGGCAUUAAAACUUGGCUUAGAUAAAAAGUGGUGGAAGUUCCUAAAUUUAUAGGAAUAGAGCCAUGUGGCUAAACUGGAGUUACCAGCUCAAACCCUUUCACAUGAUGAUCAGGUAGAUUGGAAGACAACAAUGACUUGAUUACCUAGUUCCUCCCAAGGUGAGGGGACGUGGGCAUAUAUAUACAGUGGUACCUCGGGUUACAUACGCUUCAGGUUACAUAUGCUUCAGGUUACAGACUCCGCUAACCCAGAAAUAGUACCUCGGGUUAAGAACUUUGCUUCAGGAUGAGAACAGAAAUUGCACGGCAGCAGCAGCGGGAGGCCCCAUUAGCUAAAGAGGUACCUCAGGUUAAGAACAGUUUCAGGUUAAGAACGGACCUUUGGAACGAAUUAAGUACGUAACCAGAGGUACCACUGUAUAUAUAUAUAACAUACUGCACUAUACCUGGAGGUCUCAGGGUGGUUCACAGAAUAAAAUCAAAAUAUAAAUCCACAAAAUACAUAAUUAAAAUAAAAACAACCAAAUAGCCCCCCACAAGAAAACACGCAUUUUAAAAGGGCAUAGGAUAUCAAUCAAAUCAACUAAAAGCCUGGUUCAAAAGGAACUUUUUUGCCUGGUGCCUAAAGGUGUAUAAUGAAGACACCAGGCAAAUUUCCCUGGGGAGAACAUUGCAUAGAUGGGGAGCCACUGCAGAGAAGGCCCAUUCUCGUGUUGCAACCCUCUGGAGAAAGCACACAAAGAAGGGCCUCAGAAGAUGAUCUCAGGGUACCAGUAGGUUCAUAUGGAAAGAGGCAGUCCUUGAGGUAUUGCGGUAUUGAGGUGUUUAAGGCUUUAUAGGUCAGAACCAAAACUUUGAAUUGGGCCUGGAAACUAAUUGAUAGCCCGUGCAGUUGGACCAGGAUCAGUGUAAUAUGCUCAAACCGUCUUGCUCCGAUGAGCAACCUGGCCACUAAAUUCUGUACUAGCUGAGGUUUCUGAACUGUCUUCAGAGGCAGCCCUACAUAUAAUGCAUUGCAGUAAUCUAACCCUGAGGUUACCAGAGCAUAGACAACAGUAGUUAGGCUAUCCCUGUCCAGAUAGAGGCAUAUCUGGGCCACCAGCCAAAGCUGAUGGAAGGCACUCCGGGCCACUGAGGCCACCUAAGCCUCGAGCGACAGCAAAGGAUCCAGGAGGACCCCCAAGCUACAAAGGAAGUGUAACCCCAUCAAGAGCAGGCGAUCUCCCACCCAUCCAGUCUAGGAAACCACCCACUAACAGUGCCUCAGUGUUAUCUGGAUUGAGUUUCAGUUUGUUGGCUCUCAUCCAGUCCAUUACAUCCAGUCCAAUGUAUCACUGAAAUCUGUGUGGGUGAACAGGGUCUCAAUCAGCUGUGGCCACCUGGGUACUCAGUGCAGCAUCAGUCCAGACGUGAGGGUCAGGGAGUGGUAGUUGCUGUGGUUUAUAGAGAUUCUCUCUCUAUCUCCAGGCUCUCUGUCCAGUCGGGGGCGGGUGGGUCUAGAGUGUGUGUUCCUGGCAUUAGGCAAGAGGGUGGUUUGAAAGUGGGAGACACUGACAUUAGUCCCUUGUCAUGGUUCGAUCACUUCCUAUUGAGAUUUAGGCCGUCAGUACCUUUCCCCCUCUACAGAGGCGGGGGACCUAUUAGGAAAGUUUGCCCUCGGAGGCUGAUGGAUCCAGUGGGAUUCCAAACAGCUCUAGGGGUGUUUCCGGCUGAUAUGACUGGCACCUGUUCAAGCCUUGGCCAACCUCUCCCAAACACCCAAAUGGCUCCGGCUAUUGACACGAUCACCCCUGAGCACCCUCUCCCACUUCAUGGAGCCCAUUUGGCCCCCUGGUAUACUUCAGAGCUUAGGGCGAGGAAACAAGCUGGGAGACUGCUUGAAAGGAGGUGGAGGAAAGAUCCAAAUGAAUUCAACUGAACACUGGUAAGAGCUCAUUAUCGAGCCAACCUAGUGGUAGUGAAGGCAGCAAAAAAGCAUAAUUUGCUUCCUCCAUUGCAUCUUCAUUAUGUUGUCUGGCAGUGCUUUUCCAAGUAGUAUGAGGCCUUUUACAGGCUAGCCCAAAGGAUGUGGUAGAACCAAUGGUAGCUCACUGUGACUUGUUUAUCUCACACCAGCUAGGUCUGAUGGGAGCUGGAGUUCAGCAACUUCUGAAGAGCUACAAAUUUCACAUCUCUGUUCUUUGUUGUUUUAGUGAACUCAUGCACAUGCGCCCAGAUCAUGCAUUCAUCAUUAUGUGGGACCGAUGGAAAGGCAAGUAUGUGUGUAUACACAUAUACCCAAUGACUACAGUACUUUUACCAUUACCACCCUUUUUUAGUAGGAUGGGCAUACACCCAUAUAUGCACCUAGUCAUGCAUGUUAUUUGAAGUGGGGGGGUGAUAACUCAUCCAAUGUGGAGGAUCAUUAGUUUGGUGAAUACAUGAUCGGACAGUCUCCCAAGACUCUAUUGACACUUUCGAUUAAGUCAAAAGCUAUUUUUGCACAUCCGUUUCAAAGCUUGCCAUUUUCCUGCCCAAUAUUGCCUUCAGUUCAUGAGCAUUUAAGACCUACUCCUGCCCAAUUUUUGGUACUGCUAUUCUUUUCCAGGUGUGGUAUCAAAAGUGGUGACCAGGAUAGGUCCCUUGUGCUUGAUAUCACAUAUAAAUCUGGUUACUGAUGCUACACAUGCAUCAUGAACAUGCCAGGGUUCUGUGCCUCAGGAAGGUGGAAUGUUCAGUAAUAGUUUGGAUCUUCAAAAAUGAAUCACCAGCUCUUCCCAUGUGUAAUUUAAGCUGAAGUCACUCACAACAUUUUUGCGUUACUUAAAAUGCUAUCCUACCGAAAUAAGCAGGACUUCUUAUUAAGCAUCCAUGGGGAUGGGACUGAAAGUGCCUUACUGACAAUGGAUAAAUUGUUCCCAAUAAACAAAGCAAGAAUCAACAAAUAUACGAUGUUGCUCGCCUCCUAUCUCCCAGGACAUUUGUUUUAGCUAAGCCUCUUUGCUGGAAAGUGAUGGACUUCCAUAUAUUCAGUCUCACUAGUGAACAUCUUAUCAGAGAAGUGAAAAUCACAGCUUGGGUUAAUGCAGUGCUACCAUCAUCUAGAGGGAUGCGGGUGGCGCUGUGGGUUAAACCACAGAGCCUAGGACUUGCCAGUCAGAAGGUUGGCGGUUCUAAUCCCCGUGACGGGGUGAGCUCCCAUUGCUCGGUCCCUUCUCCUGCCAACCUAGCAGUUUGAAAGCACAUCAAGUGCAAGUAGAUAAAUAGGUACCGCUCCGGCGGGAAGGUAAACGGUGUUUCUGUGCACUGCUCUGGUUCACCAGAAGUGGCUUAGUCAUGCUGGCCACUUGAUCCGGAAGCUGUACGCCGGCUCCCUCGGCCAAUAAAGCGAGAUGAGCGCUGCAACCCCAGAGUCGGCCAUGACUGGACCUAAUGGUCAGGGGUCCCUUUACCUUUACCAUCAUCUAGACCUAGAGUUACUAGACCAGAACUUUAAGAAAAAGAAAAAAGAAAGGACAUUUUGAAAUUGUAAUGUCUGAAAUAGGAGACCUUCCAUAUGUGACUUGAAUGAUCUCCUUAGAGCCAAGAGUAACAAGACACAUCAUCACCUCUCUCAAACCACACCCAACAGGCAUGUAACACUUCCACUGCAUUUCAAAUUCCCUCCCAAAAUGUAUUGGGCCAGCCCUGGUUUCGAUUCCCAAAUGCGGUGUUAUCCCAGCAAGACUCCCAUUCCUUAUUUAUCUGUUAUAAUGUUCUCCUAAAAUCCUGACAGCUAAAGAAAUACCCAAAGUGCCAAACAGGAAGCAGAAUCUUAAGCUCCUUUUUAAAGUAGCACUAAAUUUGAGUCAAGAGGUUUCACUCACAUUGUGCCUUUCUAUGCAUCCAUGCUUGAGUAUUAUCUAAAUCCAUGAAAAAAGUAUCCAUGAAAACAACAUAUCCUCAAAGUGCCUUAUUCAUACAGACCUUGGUUCAAUUUUCUUUGAACUGAGCCAAACUUUUUAUUAUUAAAAUGAGGGUAAUUGCAGGGGGGUGGAGGAGGUUUGAUUCCUAAAAAGAUAGCCCCCCAAAAACUUGUUCUACGCAAAUGGACCCUGAAAUAUUUAAUGUAAAAAGCUAAUUUACUGCCAUGUGCUGUCAGUUUGGAGCGUAUAUGCAGAUAAUACAGGACAGACUCAGGAAAAUGGUCGGACGAUAUCCCAUGAAGUAACUGAGUAA